GUGUGCAGUGGCGAUGCUCAGGACCUCUACUAUCGGGCUAGUGGAAAGCUGUCAAGGAGGAACUCUGAGGAGACCAAUGGAUGAAUGGUGAUCUCCAUGGAAGAGAAGCCCUCUGGAGAUGGAGCAGCAGGAUAAGGUAGGUGUUGAAGGUCUUCUCCGGUGUCUUUGGGAUGGGUGUCAAUCUCGUCGAUAUGGUCGGAAGCACGAUGAGACCCGUACCGCGCACAGGCUGCGGCUCAGAUGGAAAGCAGCUUCAUUCGCACAGGAGUCAGUCCUUUUAGAUGUCAAGGCAGGAAAAAAUGGACUGUUCCAAAAUGGCAAUGCCAAACAAGUCUGAGCCAGUCGAUCGCCCAGUGUCAUCACCCUGCCUACUGGCUGGGCAGGGUAAUUCCUCAUGUCACCACCCUCUCCAGCCUGCCUUGGGCUUGGAGAGGGAGGAGGAGGGCGAGGGACAGCUGGCGACCCUGAACAUCAGCCAUCCAUCGCUCCAUCACCUAGAGCAAGAUGUCCAGGCUCCUGAGGAUGUUCAGGAAGAAGGCUCUGCAGCUGGUCCCAGAGCCUGAGGGAGGCAGCUGCCAUCUUCCCCUGGAGCUCCCGACCGGGCCAGGAGGUGGAAGUGCCCAGCCUUCUGGCAAGAGGAAACCCGCUUCCGGCGCAGGGGCUGAGGGACGGCCAGGGACUCAGAGGAGGAAGAGGAGGAAUGGGUGGCCAUGGCCACAAAGGAGACUGCUCUCAAGAACAUCCGAGAGCAGCUCCAGGGCUGAGAAAAGGAUGAGGCCCAGCAUCUCAUGUUUCAGCACACCAUCCAUCCUGCGUGUCUCGCUGAACAACAGAGAGGGCAGGACACACUGGAGACACACUGCUCCAAGGCGGUUGUGAUGGAGAGGAUUGUGCACCAUGACACCUGCCCUGGAGCCAGAACUGGAGACCCACCUCCUUCGAGCUGCCCUGCAUGCCAUCUUCACCCUGGGCACGGAGAAGGACACCACUCAAGUCCAGGUAGAUCAUUCUAAAGUCAUGGUUUGAAGAGUCAGCUGUCAACCUGCCACAAAUCAUUUUUAAUUGCCUGCAGUCGGAUGUGAAUGAGAGAAGCCAGGAUAUGUGUUUGGAGGGCUCACCAGUGCUUCCGAGAGACCCCUUGUGAUGGGGCAGACUGGCCCCGCACUGGGACUGAGAGAGUUAACCCUUCCCUGCUGGCAGAGGAAGACAUGCCCCUGAGGCUCUGCUGGGCAUGCUCCAACUGGGAGUCAAGCAUAAAAGCCUGCAGAACUGCUUAGUUAGGGCUGGCAGCUCAGGAAGAAGGAUGCCCUGCAGAAGCUCCAGCCCAGGAGCAGUUGCAAGGAAGGAGGGAGCUGAGGAGCCAGGAAGCAGGCCCAGAGACUGGCAGCUGUGGGAAUUCCAGGGAGCAUCGGGUGCUGAGGAUCCUGAAGACCCUGAUGCCACAAGAACUGCUACGUUUGGAGGAAUGGAUCUGCAUAGGGUCUUUCCAGACCUCCUGGACACCAUGCUGGGGAACCUGCUGGCGGAGUCCCCAGACACCAACAGGCUCCACUACAUCUUGAAGGUGACCCCGAUGAGAGGGCAAAUUAACUACUGGAUCGUGUCCAGGGUGUCGCAGGAGAGAGCCAGGGCCAUUAGGAGCAGCACGGCCCUGCUCAGAUUCACCAUCACCCUUCCUGAGUUUGACAACUCCGCAGAAUUCCCCAGGCUGGGUCACCAUGUGGCACAGCUGGCUCUGUUCAUCAGUGACCCAGGCAAGGACCUCAGCCAGCAGGCCAGGGAGGGGGUUUACCGGCUCUACCAGCUGCUGCUGCACCAGAGGGGUCUUUGGCAAGUUCUUCUCGGAGGGGCAGAGAAAAUUUUUCCUCCAGACGGAGGGCAGUGCUGGCCAUCCACGAUCUCCUGCUGUGUGUCAGCCAGGCUGGGCUGCUCCUCGCCUACUCCCUCCUGGGGGAAGCCCAGCAGCUGAUGGGGGACAAGGAUCUGCAUAGGGUCUUGCCAGACCUCCUGGAUGCCAUUCUGGGGAACCUGCUUGCAGAGCCCCCAGACACCAACAGGCUCCACUACAUUUUGAGAGUGAGCCCAAUUAGAGGUGUAGGGGCAAUUUUACCUUAACUCUUAGAUCCAUUUUCCAGUCUGCCCUCCUAGCUGGGUCCCCAGUGUCCCGUUCUCAGUCAGGGCAGUGAGUGCAAUGCAGUGUCAGGACUUUCCUCCUUGAAGGACAGAGGAAGGAGCUGGGACUUCAAGACAGAGCUCUGCCUGGUUCUUUUGCGCACCAACCUCAGGGCCCCUGGCUGGCUUGGGGAGUGAGAGUCUGAACCCCUCUUGUGAGAUGCAGAAUAUGGUCCUCGGAGAAGAGUCACGGGCUCCUUCCUAGAGAAACAGAAGGACCCCAGAGAAUCAGCCCUUCUUGCCGACGGGCUCCGAGAUUCCUGGGGGGAUUGUGCUCACAUUCAGUCUCUUCACCCAACCAAGGA